AUGGAUACUGUUGAUUCCAAUGAUUCAUUUAUAUUAUAUCAAAAAUCAUAUUUAGCAUCCAUUGAAAGAAAUCAAAUAUCAGUAUCAAGAUUUAUAUUAAUAGUAUUAUAUGGUUUAUAUUACUUUUCAUCUUCAUGGUCACAAUUUGCCAGUAAAUUCUUAAUCUUACAAUAUCCUAUUGAUAAGGCUGAAACUAAUAAUCAACCGCUGUAUGAUAUUGGUUGGGAUGAUUGUUAUUUUGUUAUUCAUGGCAUUAUAUUAUUAACAUUUUUACGUUCUUCAUUGAUGUAUUAUGUAUUUAGUCCUAUUGCUUCUCGAUAUUGUAAUAUUCAUUCAAGAAAAGCAAGAGUUAGAUUUGCAGAACAAGGGUGGACUUUCACUUAUGCAACUUUAUCAUGUUUUGUUGGAAUGUAUUUAUUUAAGAAAUCUCCAUAUUAUUUCAAUUUAGAUUAUGUCUUCUUAGAAUGGCCUCAUGAUAAAAUUCCUGGUGAACUUAAAGCAUUUUAUCUUAUUUCAAUUGCAUUUUGGUUACAACAAAUUUUUGUAUUAAAUAUUGAACAAAAGAGAAAAGAUUAUUUACAAAUGUUUAGUCAUCAUAUUAUUACUUGUUGUUUAACAAUUGGAUCUUAUUAUUAUUAUUUUACAAGAAUUGGUCAUAUAAUCUUAAUGAUUAUGGAUUCUGGUGAUACAUUCUUAUCAUCGGCUAAAAUGUUAAAAUAUGCUGGAUUUAGCAAUGCUUGUGAUGUAAUGUUCCUUGUAUUUUUAGUUAGUUGGGUAAUAUUAAGACAUGGUGUUUAUAAUUAUUUAUUUUAUCAUACUUGGAAUAAUUCUUUUGCAUUAAUGACACCAAAUUCAAAAUGUGUUGAAGGUAUAAUACAAAAGAGAUGUUGGACUGAAAAUAUUAUAAGAAUAUUUUUAGGAUUAUUGGGAGGUUUACAAAUAAUUCUUUGUAUUUGGAUGUACUUUAUUUGUAAAGUUGCUUAUAAAGUUAUUCGUGGAUCACCAGCAGAAGAUGUCAGAAGUGAUGCUGAUGAUACCGAUGUUGAACUUGAAGAUGAUGAACUUAAUAUCGAUGAUAGUGAUCUUGAAAUUGUUCAAGAAUCAAAAGAAAAAGAUAAUGAUAAUAUUGAAUCUACAACAUUAGUUGAAAAGGAAUCAUCUUCUGAUGGAACUCUUGAUGAGAACCAUGAAAGUGAUUAA